AUGGGCGACACACGCCAGAAGGCCAUGGACGUCAACCGGUCGCUCCGGUCGAUCAAGACGGAGCUCGAGACACUGCUUGAAAAGGGCGCCAUCUCCGACGACGACUUCAACUCCAUCCACGACCUCCUGCCCCAAGAAUGGAGCCUGCGUGGCGGGCCUCCCCCGCCUGCGCCGAGCAAGCAGAGACAGGCUCCGGCGAUUGCUGCCGCCGCAGCCGCUCUUCAGCCUGGCCAGCCCGGCCCGCCCCUGCCCAUCCGCAGCAACGCCCACCCGUCCGCCCAGUCCGCUGCAUCGGCGUCGGCAACAGCACCAGCCGCGGCAUCUGCCACUGCGACGCCUACGACCUCCGAAGGCGCUCAACGCAGCAGCCACAAUGGCAAUGAACCGGACACCAAGCCCGACGACAACGCUGACAGCGCGGACAGCGACGGCCGCACAGCCGCUGGCUACGCGACGGCCAAGUACAAGUACGAGGCCCCCAGCCACGGCGACCUUGCCUUUGACCGCGGCGACGCCAUCGCCGUCUACAGCAAGGUCAACGACGACUGGUGGCUGGGCCGCAACGUCCGCUCGGGCCAGGUCGGCAUCUUCCCGCGCCAGUACGUCAAGCCCGAGGCCGCGCUGGCCGAGCUCGAGCGCAACAACCAGCUGCCGGGCCCCAACGACGCCCCGCCGCCGCCCGCGCCACGACCGGCGGCCGGUACCAACAACAGUACCAGCAACAGCCGGAGUGCGUCGACGGCGCCACCGUCCUAUUAUGACCAGUACGGCAACCCGCCACCGCAGCAGCAGCAGUAUGCAGGCGGCGACGCCAAGUACGGCGAGCCGUAUGGACAGCAGCCGUAUGGGCAGCAGCCGUAUGGGCAGCAACCGUACGGGCAGCCCUACGGGCAGCCGUACGGCCAACCCUACGGCCAACAGCACUAUGGUCAGCAGCAGCCGUACUAUGGAGGUGGUCCCAGCGACCAGCCGCCGCCGCCCCAGCAGGCGCAGCAGCAGCCGCCAGAGCAAGGCAGUGGUGACAAAGUUGGUGCCGCCGGUAAAAAGAUUGGCGGCAAGCUUGGCAACGCAUUUGUCACGGGUGUCGGCUUUGCCGCCGGUGCCGAGCUGGUCGGGGCGAUUUUGUAG